GUCUAGGGCUAUAUAAGCAGUCGAUUCCUCUGCCAACAGCAUCAGUUGUCUUCUGAAAAUCCUCUUGCUUCAACCGCAACAACAAACCACAAAACCAACAACAUGAAAUUCCUGUCGCUUGCCUUUGUUUUGGGUCUGCUGGCUCUGGCCAACGCCACCCCCCUGAAUCCUGGCAAUGUCAUUAUCAACGGCGACUGCCGCGUCUGCAAUGUGAGGGCUUAAACAAAAGCUGAGAUGAAGGAACACAAACACAAGCCAGUUGAAGUUCGCACAGCCAAAUAUUUUUAAGUCAUAAAAAAUGUAGUGAAAAUUCGAAAUAAUAAUCUGUUUAAUUAAAACAUUUCUCAAAGUAAA